ACUUUUCAGGCUGAAGUUCAGGGUUAGCAGAUCUUCAGUGUCUCUCCUGUGUGUUCUCAGGAUCAGUGUGUGUUUUUAUUGAGGAUGUGUGUGUGACCGAUCAGUGACUCACGAUGCUGAGGGUGAAGAAACUUUACGGCUGAUGACGUCACGCGGUGAUUUCCUUUAUUUCUCGGAUGUUUUUGGAGGAACUUUGACAUGAAGCUUCUCUCUCUCUGAGAGAUGUGCAUCAGCUGCUCGGCUCUCUGUGAAGCUCCUUAAAAACACGUAUUUACUGCUGUCUUCAAACACAGGACUGUUUUUUAUUAUUUGUGUUUGUGGUGAUCAUGGUGGAGAAGGUGUUGUCCCGUUUCUUCCCCGCGGAGGGUGAACCCCCCCCCGGGAGGAGUCGGUGGAGCUCGGCGGUGGUUGCGAUAGUUCUUCUCGGGAUGUUCGCUUCCUCCUGCUGGGCAGAAGAAGCUUCCUGUCACGGAGCUUACGACCUCUACUUCGUUUUAGACAAGUCUGGAAGUGUCGCCAACGACUGGUUCGAGAUCUACUCCUUUGUGAAAAACCUGACCGACAGAUUUGUGAGCCCCAGGAUGAGAGUCUCGUUCAUCAUCUUCUCGUCUAAAGCCACCGUCCUGCUUCCUCUGACGGGAGACAGAUAUGAGAUCGAAGAAGGUCUGAAGAGGCUGAAGGAGGUGAAACCAGCCGGAGAAACGUUCAUGCACGAGGGAAUAAAACAGGCGUCGGCUCAGAUUAAGGCUCAGGGGAUCAAAUCGUCCAGCAUCAUUCUGGCUCUGACGGACGGCAAGCUGGAGGUUUUCCCGCUCGAGCUCACCGUCAACGAGGCUAAGGAGGCGAGGCAGUACGGCGCCCGUGUUUACUGCGUGGGAGUCAAAGACUUUGACGAGCAGCAGCUCGCUCAGAUCGCCGACACCAAGGACCAAGUGUUUCCUGUCAAAGAUGGCUUCCACGCUCUGAAGGGCAUCAUCAACUCUAUAUUAAAGCAAUCGUGCACAGAGAUCCUGAGUGUGGAGCCGUCCAGCGUCUGUGUGAACGAGUCCUUCGACAUCGUCCUCAGAGGAAACGGCUUCUCCAUCGGAAGAAGCAACGAAGGAGUCGUCUGCAGCUUCAUCGUCAACGAGCAAACCUUCAAUCAGAAGCCGACUGCUGUCCAGAAUGAUUACAUGCUGUGUCCUGCUCCCAAACUCUAUGAAGUCGGACAGAAGAUGGACGUCCUCAUCAGUCUGAACCACGGGAAGUCCUUCAUCUCCAGCGCCUACACCAUCCACGCCUCCACCUGUUCGGACAGUUUGGCGGUGCUGAUCGUCUUCCUGGUUCUGCUGACGCUGGUCGCUCUGGCCCUCAUGUGGUGGUUCUGGCCUCUCUGCUGCAAAGUGGUCAUCAAAGACCCGCCGCCGCCUCCUCCACCUUCACGUCCUCCACCACCUGAGCCGGAGCCGCUGUCCAAGAAGAAGUGGCCGACUGUGGACGCCUCGUACUACGGAGGACGAGGAGCGGGAGGGAUCAAACGUAUGGAGGUGCGUUGGGGUGAGAAGGGCUCGACCGAGGAGGGGGCCCGGCUGGAGAAAGCCAAGAACGCCGUGGUGUCCGUACCAGAGGAGUCAGAGGAGCCAAUGCUGAACCGCCCCAAACGGAGCUCCGCCCCCACCUACCACCGGAACGAGAACAAGUGGUACACCCCCAUCAAGGGUCGUCUGGACGCUUUCUGGGCUCUGCUGAACCGACAGUACGACCGAGUUUCCCUCAUGAGACCCACGACUGAAGACAAGGGUCGGUGUGUAAAUUUCAGCCGCAAGAAGAAGAAGAAGAAGAAGAAGAAGAAGAAGUGUGAGGACGAGCUGACGGCUUCAACAGAGAGAAGAAGAAUCUGUUUAUUUUUUUUUUUAAUCGGUGCAGUUUAACGACUUUCUGUUCGCUGCUCUGCACAAAGUCUCGCCCCGAUGCAGCGCAGCACGCAGGCCGACACGUUUAUAUUCACGCCGCUCGUUAUUCUCUGACGUUUAAUCAGCACAGAAUAUGUUCCUCAUCAAAUCAAAAAGCAGAAGAAGAAGAAGAAGAACUUGCAGCUUUCAGACUCGGUUAUCUUUUGGUGCGCACCAAAGGCCUAACAUAUUCUGACCAUAUUGAGCCUUCUGUGAAAAACCUCAUUUCAUGCUCACAGACGGACGCUAUCGGGGAAAAAAAAAAAAAAAGAAACGGGGGAGGGAUCGGGGCUGUUGGCCGAUGGCGUGGCAGUGGGAGUAGUCCCAGCGGGCCUCACAGUGCAGAAGUGAGCUGCCUCUUGGCGAUGUCUCAUCACAAAGACGCUCCAACUUCCACCGAGCCGCUGCCCGCCGGCCGCCCUCUGACCGCCGCGUCCUGUCACUUUAACACUGAGAGUGCACACGCAUGACAAACUGGAGACAGGACGCCCCAAGGUGCUGCAAGGCACCACCACUUUUUUUUUUUUUUUUUAAAAGACACCUUCCCGUCAUUAUGCACUCGGGACAGGAAAUUAAUAGAGCGUUAUUGGACCGCGGGACAGCCCUCCCUGACCACGCUGAUCCGAGCGGCGUUUUGAGGGAUUGAUGCCUUGAAGACCUUGACACGGCACGUGGUGUUUUUGAGCGCAGUCUGCUCUCUGCUCAGCAGGGCGUAGCGCACAAACACGCCCGUCAGGUCACUCUUUACAGAUCCAGCCAAUCCUCUGAGGGCUCCCCCGGACGCGUCACAGCGCCCGAACAGCGCCCGUUCAGUGCCCGCUCUCUCUGCGCACCAGAGUAUCAAAGUUUAAUUAAAAUAAUUAAAGAGAACAGCGAGCAGCAGCCUGUGAAGACCUGGCUGUCUCUUCUUUACGCCUCCUGACAUUGAAUGACCUAUUACUGCCUCUUCUCUGCUCAAAAAGAGGACAGGUCGCCACGGCGACGCUGCUCCACGUCCAAAACGCAAACCCAAAGGAGCGAGUGCGAUGGACGGAUAAGUAUUGUUCAUUUCCAGAAAUUAUGCCUCCCCCCCACCGCCCCCCAUCACCCCCAAAAAGAAAGAUCUAUAUUUAUAUAUAUUGUGGAUUCUGUGGCGCGCUGUCACGACGCCAAUCCCAAAUGAUGUCAGAGCGAGCGGAAGGACUGUGGGGGAGGAACGGGGGCAGCAGCUGAAGAAAAAGGCUCGAAUGAUCCAGUCACUUCGGAUUCCCGACUUCACAUGUGAAAUGGAUAUUCGAGUGGAAACCUGACAAAGCGCGCCCGGCUUUGACGGGAAGCGGUAUAGACAAUGACCAGUGGCUGGGUCAGUGGGAUGUCUGUGAGCGGGCGGGGAAGCUUUUCACAUGACACUAAAAAUAAGUUCAACAACCGUCAAGUUUGAGGGCGGGCGCCUGAGCCACUCACACACACGGGGCGGGGCGGGACGGGCGCCAGAAACACGGGCACCGUAAUUAUUCCUUUGUUUCGACCCGAUCACAGCGCAGAGAAGAAAUGCUGAUCAGAUCCUCGGGGGCGCGGUUUUUAACCCUUUACGCAGCGCUUUCACUUUGACCUUAAAUUUGAUCGCCACGCUCCAACAUUUUUUUAACCGCCAUUUUUAAAACAGAAGCAUGAAAUGUUUAUUUUUAACCCGAAGUGAGGAGACGUUUAAAGACACGAGUCACAACACGAGUCAGUCUGCUGCAGGAAACACGUCCUCUGCACGCCGCGUCCUCUACACGCCGCAUCCUCUACACGCCGUGUCCUCCGCACGCCGUGUCCUCUACACGCCGUGUCCUCCGCACGCCGCACCUUUAGCACCAAAACAAAAUCGAUGUCUUUGAGUCUGUCUGCAGUUUGAAGCUUCUGAAGGAUUCCUUUUUCUAAACGUAUUAAAUUUGAUCGUCUGAAUGUCGUUUAUUUUCCAGAAGAACAAAAUUUUAAAUUUUAAAUUUUUUUUAUUUCUAACGUUCAGAGAAUCAUCGAGUGUCGAGAAAACACGAGAGACGUUUAUUUAUAAAGUUUAGAUUUAGAAAAAAAAAGACAAAAUGAUUGACAGGAAGUCACUUUUUCAUAUUUCUGAUGUUUAUGAAAAACGUUUCGUAUUUAAUUUAAUUUGUUCAGCACAUUUCAAUCACAGGUCAACUCAGCGUUGUUUACAGAAAACAAAAAUAAACAAAACAAAAUUAAUUUAAAAUACACACACACACACACACACACACACACACACACACACUCAAGAGAGAGAAAAGCGUUAAAGAAAGUGAAUCCUAAAAUGUCAAAUAGAAAAAUCCUCCUCCUGUCAUAUUUCUUCACCCUGACCUUUGACCUCUUCUGUCCGUCCAGUGUCUCACUUCAUCUUUUUAAAAAGUCGAUCACGACGUCUGCAAAUUAAAAAAUCUUCUUUCUCGUUUGUUUAGUGAGCACUACUUCCUGCUCGCCUCUUUAUUCUCAGCGCGUUUUAAACACGCUGAAGGAUUCUAAUUUAUCGUUUGAUUAUCUUUGAAUGUACAGUUUUUAUUUCUCUCAUUGCCUUUUUAUACGCCGCACCUUUAAGACAAGGUUCAGGUCACACAAGCUGCACACGUGUGUGUGAACCAAAAAAACAUAAAAAAUAAAAACAUCUUUUUUUAAGAGUUUCACACUGUUUCUAUUUGUUGAUGUUUAUAAUGUUUGUUAUUGUUUUUAUUGUUCAACUGUUGUUUCAAAUAAACAUUCAGUGAACA